GUGUGUGUGUGUGUGCGCGCGCGCGUGUGCGUGCGUGCGUGCGUGCUUGAGUGAGUGUGUGAGACAAGCGGCGCAGUGAUGGCAGGGGAAGAGCUGACACUGCUCACAGAGGAAUGAGAACUUGUCGGGGAUGGCGGACGAACCUCUGACAGUGUUUGUGAAGCUGUUUGCCGCUGGGUUUUACGGUCUGAGCUCGUUUCUCAUCGUCGUGGUGAAUAAAAGCGUCCUCACUAACUACAGGUUCCCUUCUUCAAUAUGUGUCGGAAUUGGACAAAUGUUGGCCACAGUGAUUGUGCUGUGGGUGGGCAAGGCUGCGAGGGUGAUCAGCUACCCGGACUUUGAUGAGAGCAUACCCCGCAAGACAUUUCCUCUACCUCUUCUUUAUGUGGGCAAUCAGAUCACUGGUCUGUUUGGAACCCAAAGGCUUAAUCUGCCGAUGUUUACUGUCCUCAGGAGGUUCUCCAUUUUAUUCACAAUGCUGGCUGAAGGAAUUCUGCUCAAGAAGAAAUUCUCUAGGCCAGUCCAGCUAACAGUAUUUACAAUGAUCCUCGGGGCGUUUAUAGCCGCAAGUGCUGACUUGUCCUUUGACCUGCAAGGCUACGUGUUCAUUCUCCUGAACGAUGUGCUGACUGCUGCCAACGGAGCCUAUGUGAAACAAAAAUUAGAUGCGAAGGAGUUGGGGAAAUAUGGAUUAUUGUAUUAUAAUGCAUUAUUUAUGAUAAUUCCCACUGUACUGUUGGCUCAUGUGACUGGAGAUAUGCAGAAGGCACUGGAAUACGAUGGUUGGUCUGAUAUGUUUUUCCUCACCCAGUUCAUCCUCUCAUGUAUCAUGGGGUUUGUUCUGAUGUAUUCCACUGUGCUCUGUACACAGUACAACUCCGCUUUAACAACUACAAUCGUGGGCUGCAUCAAGAAUGUCCUGGUGACAUACAUUGGGAUGGUGUUCAGCGGAGACUACAUUUUCUCCUGGACUAACUUCAUAGGUUUGAAUAUCAGCAUUGCUGGCAGCCUGGUGUACUCCUACAUCACUUUCACAGAGGAGCAGUCCAGCAAACCAACUGAAAACAACAAGCUGGACAUCAAGGGCAAGGUGGUUGUAUGACAGAGACACUGGAUUUAAUUAUUUUUAUGCUGAUGAACAGGAAAACUCUAUUUUUAGUACGACUUUUAUUUAUGGAGUAUUUUAGUGGCAGAGGUGAGGAAUCGAGGGAAUGGCAUCGGGGUGAAAGCCAUGCCUUCACCAUGAUUCUCCUGCUGCUGCCAUUGUUACGAAACCCUCCAGAGGGAUUGUGGGUUGAUUUUUAAGAUGGUGUUUUCUAUUUAAAUAUUUGUAUUUUGAUACUGUCCUUGUUAGUGUUGACAAGAAGGGAAACUUGGGAGCAGUGUUAUUUAUGAUACAACAUUUCCUGACAUUUAGACAACACUAAAUGUUGGGAUUAUGUAAUGUUUCCUGAACACAGGAGUGAACAGCUGGGAUGAUCAAUUGUUUUAAUCAUGGGUGUGUACUGACGAAUCCUGGGAAUAUAACAUAAUGGUUAUUUUAAAGGCACAAUCCUUAUUUUUUUAUUGCCUUUUCUGUUUUGCUGUUUACAAGGAAUGUAACUUUAGAUGCCUUCCAAGCACAGUGAGAUGCACUGACACUGUCGUUAUCUGUUAUUUCAGUCUUUAGUAAAUUUCUUUUGAUUUUUGCGCAUACACUGUUCUAAACUUGUUACAAACGGACGGUUAAUGACGGUGAACUAACCUCAUCCUUUAAACAACCAAAGUGGAUGGGCAGUGGGCUGUCGAUUCUCAUCAAGGAUUGUGGCUUUAAAUAAUGUUGCUGCCUCCUUUUGGGAGAUAAUUCAGUGAACAGUUUACAUUUUGCUCCCUCAGCAUUACAGAAUGUUUGUUGUGGUACUCCAAGGCUGUAGCUGGUUCUCUCUAUGCAGAAUUAACAAGGGGACCCGUUACUUUUUUUUUUCUUUGACACAAUGUUAUCGCACUUUUAACUGAGGUAGCUCCUGUAAAAGGGUGAAACUGAAUUGCUUCACCGCCUGUUACAUUCAUAUGCUGAAUAUGAGAUUAUUGUACCUUCCUGAAACGUCCAUUUCAGGUUUUUUAAGUAUCACAAGAGAAACUUGGUUAUCUAAACCUUUUAAUAGUCAGGUACAAGUGUCGUCUUUUUUUUUCCCCUCUUUAUCUACAUCAUUUUAUAUUUAUUACUUUUUUAGACUAAUAUUCAUUUUGCAGAUGGCAUGACUUAUAAAUUGUUGAUGCUGUUCUCAUCUUAAACACAGUAACCAUGAAUUUGUAGCUGAAACAAAAUGAUGUAUUUUUACAUUAAAAAAAACCCUCUGCUGA